AAAAUUCUUAGGCACGAGGCUUGAUGCAGAGCAUGUUACUUGGUAUGAUCGAGCCCUGCAGUGCCAGACUCCAACAAACGUUAAGAGGCGGCAGUCACCCCUACCUUCCCUUUCCGUUGUUCCAACUAAACCGUGGGCUCACGUCUCCAAAGCCAAUUUCCCUUCUUUCUCCGAUAAAUACCUCUUCUUCGUCCCCAAAUCAAAGAAACAGACACAAUCAACAUCUCCUACAGAAAGAAGCAAUGGUGGCUCUUCUGGUGGCAACCACGUCCGACCCAGCUUCCAUCAACCCGGCCAAUGCCCUAUUGGCCAUGCCAGGGUGGCAAACAGGACCUCAUUUCCAGGAUGAUAUGAAGAGCUUUGUGAAUGAAGGUUUGAGGGUGUUGCUACAUGGGAAGAGCAUAGUGGUGGAGGAUGACUUGGACAAGAGGUGGGAAGAGGUGACUGGUGAGGCUGUUGAUGAGGUCAUCUUCUUCAGCAAGCACACUGCUGUUUCUAACAAACCUGCCCUCACCGUUCACCCCAUUGGUGUUCCUCAUUUGCGUGAAGGUGAUGUUCCACCCCAGGGUGGGAGGCCUGGCUGGGCAGCGCUACCAAAUCCUAGGAUUGGGCCUUGGCUUCGGCUUUUGAAAAAUAUUGCUCAGGCUCAUAAUCUCAUCCCUGAAUUUGAGAUUACUUUGGAGGCAACUCACCAUGGACCAUUGACAAAUAAGCCAACCAUGUUUCUGGAGAUUGGUAGUACUGAAGACUAUUGGAAGAGGCAGGAUGCUGCUCAAGUUAUGGCACAGUUAGUUUGGGAAGGACUUGGACUUGGAGGUGGGACAGAUGUAGGAAACUGGAGCAGGGAGAAUGAUAAAAAGAAAGUCCUUCUUGGGAUAGGUGGUGGACAUUAUGCACCUCGGCAUAUGGACGUAGUAUUGAAAGAGGAUGUAUGGGUGGGUCACCUACUUUCUGGAUAUUCACUGCCAAUGGAAGAUCCAAACCAGUCAAAAGGAGAAAAUAAUGUAGAGAUUGGUGGAACAUGGAGAGAAUCUAUAAAAGCUGCAUAUGAGGCCACUAAAUCUGCCUUUCCUGGUGGAGAAAUUCUUGCACAUCUUGACCACAAGAGUUUCAAGGGCUGGCAGAAGAAUGCCAUAACAGGGUUCCUUGCAGAGCAGAACAUUAAAAUUGGAAAACCAAAUAACUUCUAUUGAGAAACCUUGGCGGAUGCUAUUUUGAACAUAGCUUCUGCAGAGCACAGAGAGAAGCUGAAGAUUUUGGUAAAUCAUACUUGCAAUAUAAUUAAUUCAGUUCAUUUGAGGUCAUUGUGAUAGUGAAUGGGUAAGUGAAGUUUGAGAUAAACUGAUUUAUCCAUAAAUUCCAUUCCAAAUGAAAAAUAAUAUUCACAUUGAUUAAAAUCACUAAAUUAAUGACUAUAUAGAAGGUUGGCAUUUAUUCCUGUUUGUACUCGGAGAAUUAUAUCCUGGACCAAUGAUGGAUGUAUAGCAGUAUUUUAGUCAAAUUCAAUACUAUGUAGUUCCAUGAACACUUACAUAUUCAUGACUUGCCUGUGAAGUGUGAAGCUUGCC